UGCAAGACCUCUCCUGUCGGAGAACUUGUACUGUUUCCUCUGCUAGGCAGCGGGCACCUCUUGUUGGGGUCAAGGCUGUCGGGCACAAGAGCCGAGAAGCCACGAGCUGGCAGCACCGAAUGAGGUGCCAAGAUAUCCGUUAACGCGCUCCAUCAAAUUGGUUGUAGAGCGACCUGCUGGUAGGCUUGACAAGCCCAGCAGAAGGCUGAAUAGGUCGGACAGGAAGGCGCCACAACCGUGCGGAAUACGGCUGCGCGGGAUCGGACUGUGGAGAAGAUCAUCUGGAUCAUCUCCGUAAUCUGGAUCAUCUUUUCGCGGGAUCGGAACGGUAGACAGGUGCUCUAGAACGGCGGUGAAAAUGUUGCGUCCUCUGAUUGGCCUUGUUGUUGGAAAAUUAAAUAGCACAAAAAACCUCCCCAGCACAAAUAGCACAAAUCUCCAGAAAAUUACAAUUUAAUGCGAGUUUGGGUUUAUUGUAUCCUCUCCCAAGUUUUCCCUUUUUACGGCUUUCCGAUGGAAGUGGAGUUUGGACCACGUAUGCCGGUAUGCCUAACCGGCAUAACCCAUGCCGGUCGGAACGGUACGAGCGCCAUCAGUACUUCUACUGCGAAACGUUUUCUCUCCGUUUGGGACGUUUGGCUUACCACGGAUCUUUUCGAGACCGAAGAACAUGACGACACUCAGCGGAAUCCUUUUAAGCAGACUUGACUUAACUUGUAAUUUAUCAUCUUGAUUCAGAAUCCGCUCGAUGAUACUUGUUUUUUCGAAGGUAAGCUCGAUUCUGCUGUUCCCGUUUUGUGGGUUUUAUAAUUUUUGUGAAUUAUGACUGAUCGGGAGCCCCUACGAGGCAACAAUGCGGAGUCGCGGACCACAUGAACUACCUUGCCGACAAAACCUAAUGAAACUGCAGUGAUGGUGUGAAUGGACGAUCGAAAUGGACCUCAGCGCGAAAAGCCUUGGUAAAAGAAAAGCCGAGUCUGGAAUUUCUUACUCGAAGCGGAACAGUUUGGUUAAAGCUUUAAGCGCCAGCAACAGUCAAUUAGAUGGCGGUGAUGAAAAGAAUUCUCUGAAAAUGGGCAAAAGAAACGGUACGAAGAAAGGACACCCCAAAACACUCACUGCUGCCAAUGAUGAAUUCGAAGCUAAGGCGAUGCAGGAGCAAAUGCUACAGAAAUUCGUGGCGGAAACUUUCAAUCAUUUCAUCGUUAUCCCUCCUAUAAUGAACGCGAUUGUAAAGAAUCUUCCGAUGAAAUCACUACUUGCUCUCGCUCAGGUAAAUAAAGAUCUUCAAACAGUCUGCAAUCUGGAGAAAAUGCGGUCAUAUCGUCAGAACUUUCGCUGGAUACACCUUCCCGAUAUCUCGAAUUUGUUGGUAACGCUGAACGCCCAAAAGGCCGUCCUGGGAGAAAGCGAUAUCUUCGGUGAGCGCUUACAUGAAUUAUACUGCGAACCCGAUAUGGUCAUAUGUUUUUCCACGCCGAAAGUGAUGUUUACGGAUAAGUGGCGCUUCUCCAUUCCAAAAAGCCAGUAUGACGGAACCACAAAGGAUAUGUUUACCAUUUUAACCAAUCUGCUGCCGAAAGAUGCGUGGAAAGUUGUGCAUAUUCGCAGCCACUGUGUGCUAUGUCCCAUUCCUUCGCCGGCUGACCAGGGGGACCACAGCGCAUCGUCGCGCGAUCUCAGCAUGUUGAUCUUCCCGAAAAUGAACAAUAUCAAUAUCUGGCGCAAGCAGUAUUCGGAAUCAGACAUACGACGACGAUGUAAGUCUUAUGGAUGGACUGAACAAUCCCGCAAAGACAGUCGCUGUUUGUCACUCAUGGUUCGGGAACUGAGCGCCCUGGCGCCGAAGCUGGUGAUCAUUCUCACCGGUCGGGAUCCAGUCUUUGAGAAUGUCCAGUCUCCGGAAUUCCCCGUGAUUGUGAUGAAUAUGUGCGGAUGCGAUGUGCCACCCGAUUAUGGACUGGAAUACGUUGCCUUUGGAGGACAAGAUGUUACCGCCUACCAGAUCGUCUUGGAUGAUAUGGCGAAGGAGUCGGACCGCCUACAAAAGAUGCGGCAACUUCGAAACCAGUUCACUGCUCAAGAGGUCACGGGAGGUCGGAUGCUGUUGAUUUACUCCCAUAGUGAUCUGCACGUCUCCUCCGCUAUCCACAAGGAUUUCGCCAAUAACGUCAAACAGUUGCGAGAAGUCUUUCCGGGAGUGCCAAUUUUUGGGGGAGGUCAUCCUACGGUUAUUGGAAGCGUUUUUACAAAGGCGAAGACGGACAGCGACUUCGGAUGUUUUUAUAGUGACGGUAUGGCUUUUGCAUGUGCUAUCGUCGUUGGAAAGUGAAAAUUUUUAUGUCAUUAUUACUGUAUUUGGAACAGUUCAUGGUACAGGUGUUGAAGUGCAUCCGGUUUCUCCUGAACGUUUUAGCCGUUAAAUAUAACUGCACCCGUUUUUAUUUAUGUUUGCCACACUAUGGAACUAUGUGGAAUAAUUUGACAAUUGUUUUGUCGUAUUUUGUAAUAUCGGUACAGAUCCUUCAUAUAUAUAUCUCGUUUGCACGCAUUCUUCAAUAAAUUUAUUUUGUU